AUGAGGGGGGCGAGACCGCGUCGACCCCGCGUGGGGAGAGGACCCACGAAAAGUGGGGUGCGGUGGGAGGACUUCCAGCAGAUCGAACUCAUCGGCCGUGGACGGCAGGCAGCGGUGUAUAGGGCCCUGUGGCAGGGGCGGCCCGUGGCCAUCAAGCGCAUCAUGACGGGCCACAUCAAGAACAUGCUCCACGAGAUCGAGAUAUUCAGUAAGCUGCCACCGCAUCCUAACGUGGUGGAAGUCUACGGAGCCAUUCUCUCGGGAGGCGAGGACCAGGGCAUCAUCCUCGAACUGUGCUCCGAGGGGUCUUUGUGCUCGUUUCUGCGCACCAACAACCUGGGCCUCAAGGACAAGGUCAAGCUCGCCACGGACGUGGCAGAGGGAAUGGUGCACCUCCACAUGCACGACAUCCUGCACCGCGACCUGGCCGCCCGCAACAUUCUGGUCUAUGUGCACAAGAAUGCGCUCGGCAAGCUGGACGCCAAGGUGGCCGACUUUGGGAUGUCGCGUGAAGGCCACGUCUACGUGACCACCAACCCGUUCGGCGCCGUCAAGUGGAUGGCUCCGGAAGCCCUCUCGCUCAAGGAGUCCUCCGAGAAAUCAGACGUCUGGAGCUACGGCGUCCUUCUCUGGGAGAUGCUGGCGGAGGAGGCGCCCUUCCCUGAGAUGCGGCCCGAUGAGGUGGUGAACCGGAUAGUCAAGUGCAAGAUGAAGCCUCAGGUUCCGGCGGGCUGGCCUGUCGAGAUCAGGAACCUCCUCAAGGCCUGCUGGCGCGAGGACGCCCACAAGCGGCCCUCGUUCCCGGUCAUCUCCCGCCUCCUCAAGAUGUUCUGGGCCUCGCUCGACUACGAAGUACCCGACGGCGACGACGAGGGCUACCUCCGCUACGAGGACCUCAUCUGCGAGGACGACGACGACGACGACGACCACGACGACGACGACCACGACCACGGCAGCGGCAGCGGCGACUAUGACGACGACGCCGAGAAAGAGGAUGAUGAGGAGGAGGAGGACGAGUCAGCCUCUCCCGCUCCCGUCGACGAUCUGUCCCGUCGGCCUGCCGCCGCCGCCGCCGCCACCACGUGCACCACCUCCUCCCUCUCGUCCUCCCCCGAAUACCGCCUCCACCGCCACCGCCACCGCCACCACUACUCUGCUCCCAACCACCCCCGCCACCACGACGACGACCACGACGACGACCACCGUCACCGCCUGCAGCAGCAGCAGCAGGAGCAGCAGCAGCAGGAGCGAGGACGAGCCGAGAGUGGCUUUGACACCCGACACCCGCGAGUGGAGGAAAGAGGUCGAAAGUACCGGCCUGCUCCAUCGCGAUCAUCACCACCGCCACCGGCAUCAUCACUGUCGUCGUCGUCGUUGUCGGCGUCGGCAUUAUCAGCAUCCCCCUCACUGCCCUCCCCGUGGCCUCAUCGCGAGGGCGGCGAGACCAACAAAGGCGGUAACGAGGACGACGAGGAGGAGGAGCGGGAGGAGCAGUGGGAGGAAGACCAGGAGGAGCAGUGGCAAGGCGAAGAGGAGUGGAGGAAGAAGCUGCUCCGACACGACGACUCGUCCCGCCCGGGAGCCGUGAGGAGAGCCGCCGCCGCGAAGGCCAAAGACCGAAGCGCUGCGCCCAAGCCCCGCGCCGGGGUGCUGCCCCUGUCCUCUCCUCGCCACCGGCGCCACCACCACCUCCACCACCAGCACCACCACCACCACCACCACCAGCAGCAGCAGCAGCAGCACCAGCAGCAUGCCCUCCCGGGGGGCGUUCAGGUCCAGGCGGAGGCCCCGCCGCAAGUCGCAAUCGACCACCACCCGCACCACCAUCAUCUCCACCAGCCCCUCCUCUUGUCGGGCGGAGGGAGAGAGCGGGCGAAGCAGCACCAGCACCAGCAACACCACCAGCAGCAGCAGCACCAGGAGUAUCGGUCAGGGGCUGCACUGCGGACUGGGUCGCUGGACACACGCUACCCCGGCCACCACCACCAUGACCACCACUACCGCGGCAACGGCGGCGGCGGCGGCGGCGGCGGCGGCGAGGGAGAGACCGACACAGACGAGACGGACUCUGACGUUUCAGAAGAAACGGGCGAGUCAGGGGACGACGAUCGAGGGGAAGCGGCGCUCCACCGGUGGCCCGAAAGCACGGGCCGCCAGCUCGCUGCUGCUCGUUGGCCCCGGCGCACCUCCUCCUCCUGCUCCUCCUCCUCCUCCCGCCACGACGACGACGAUGACGACAAUCGGGAUGAUGAUGGUGAUGAUGGUGGUGGUGAUGAUGAUGGCGAUGGUGACGAUACCAGCGACAGUGAGGAGGAGACCGCCUCUGAGUCUGAGGAGACUGGCGAAGAGGGCAAGGGCACGACACGACACGCUGGCGCCGCGAGCCACGACAGCAGCCGGCCGUAUACUCCUCGCAACCGCCGCCGCGGCAGCGGUGGCGGUUACGAGGAGCAGGGUGAGCCACCACCACGGCCUCAGCCACAGCCACAGCACCAGCAGCGGCGCGGGGUGCCGCCACUCAGCCUGCCUGUGCGGGAUCUGCGAGGACGGCCUCAUUCACGCACGUCUUCCGCUGCCUCGUCGUCGUCGUUGUCCUGUUCGUCGUCGUCGCCGCCGCCCCUGCCGCCCGGUUCCGCCUCUCGAGUCAGAGCGUUCGCCGCGUGGCCUCCGACCCACCCGGUCGUCGCCGGCCGCCUCACCCUCGCAUUCGCCUCGCUUCUUCACGACGCUGCCGCUUCUGCUGCUGCUGCUGCUCGCCUCCUGCUCACCACCCAGCAGGCCCGACAGAUGCUCGGCGGCGAUCGUUACGGAGGCCGGAGCACGGAGAACGACCACUACCGUUUGGCCUCGGACUGCGAGGGCCAGGAGGAGGAGGAGGAGGAGGAGGAGGACUCGGGCUGCGAUGCUGCCGACACGUACACGGACAGUAGCUCCUCCCCAACAACAACAACGUUGUGCUCCCCGCUCACCAGCGCCCGUGAGCCGGAGCGCUACCACAACCUCCACAACUUUGUGGACAUGAUGCGGGGCAGGCGCGACCACGUCCGCACCCACGACGUCUCCAACGAGGGCGAGGACUUCCUGGAGGCCAUCAUUGGCUUCUUCUCCUCCCCUUUUGUAUCCAUGUGGGACACCAUCCACCCUUGA